UAAAAUUGAUAUUUAGAUUUCCAUUCUAUUCAAAUCCUGCUUCACAUCCGCGUCUUCUCUCUCUCUAAAAAACUCUCUCCUAGGGUUUCAAAGCGCCGUUCCCCUCUCUGUCUUUCUCACACUCUCGACAGGUAGAAUAUGGCAAUGGAAGUGACCCAGGUGCUUUUGAAUGCCCAAUCUAUAGAUGGGAAUGUGCGGAAGCAUGCAGAAGAAAGCUUAAAACAGUUUCAGGAGCAAAACCUGCCCAGUUUUUUGCUCUCUCUUUCUGGAGAGCUAGCUAAUGAUGAGAAGCCUGUUGACAGUCGUAAAUUAGCAGGUUUAAUUCUUAAAAAUGCGUUGGAUGCAAAGGAACAGCAUAGAAAGCUUGAGCUUGUUCAAAGAUGGUUGUCGCUGGACAACAAUGCAAAGGGUCAAAUUAAGGCAUGUUUGUUGAAGACACUUGCUUCUCCUGUACCAGAUGCACGGUCAACUGCAUCUCAAGUUAUUGCUAAGAUUGCAGGGAUUGAGUUGCCUCAGAGACAGUGGCCAGAGCUGAUUGGAUCACUUUUAUCCAAUAUUCAUCAGUUACCUGCUCAUGUCAAGCAAGCUACUUUAGAGACUCUUGGAUAUUUGUGCGAGGAAGUCUCUCCUGAUGUUGUAGAUCAAGACCAUGUAAACAAGAUACUUACAGCAGUAGUACAGGGCAUGAACGCAACUGAAGGAAACAACGAUGUUAGGCUUGCUGCAACCCGAGCACUGUACAAUGCACUUGGAUUUGCUCAGGCAAACUUCAGCAAUGAUAUGGAGCGUGAUUAUAUCAUGAGAGUGGUCUGCGAGGCAACUUUAUCCCCAGAAAUGAAGAUAAGACAAGCUGCUUAUGAGUGUCUGGUCUCUAUUUCAUCAACUUACUAUGAGAAAUUGGCUCCUUAUAUGCAGGAUAUCUUUAACAUCACGGCGAAGGCUGUGAGGGAAGAUGAAGAACCUGUAGCCCUUCAAGCAAUUGAAUUCUGGAGUUCAAUAUGCGACGAGGAGAUAGAUAUCUUGGAAGAAUAUGGGGGUGAUUUUACUGGGGAUUCUGAUGUUCCUUGCUUUUACUUUAUUAAGCAGGCUCUCCCUGCUUUGGUCCCAAUGUUGUUGGAGACUCUCCUAAAGCAAGAGGAGGAUCAGGAUCAAGAUGAAGGAGCUUGGAAUAUUGCAAUGGCUGGUGGAACAUGCCUUGGUUUGGUUGCAAGGACUGUGGGAGAUGAUAUUGUGCAGCUUGUUAUGCAAUUCAUUGAAGAUAACAUUACAAAACCAGAUUGGAGGCAUAGAGAGGCAGCUACUUAUGCAUUUGGCUCGAUCUUGGAAGGUCCUUCCCCUGAGAAACUAACGCCUCUUGUUAAUGUUGCUUUGAACUUCAUGCUGACUGCUUUGACAAAGGAUCCAAAUAACCAUGUGAAGGAUACAACUGCUUGGACCCUUGGUCGAAUCUUUGAAUUCCUCCAUGGUUCAACUGUGGAUACACCCAUAAUUACUCAAGCAAAUUGCCAACAAAUUGUCACGGUACUACUCCAGAGCAUGAAGGACGUUGCCAAUGUAGCAGAGAAGGCAUGUGGUGCCCUCUAUUUCCUUGCCCAGGGUUAUGAAGAGGUGACCCCAUCAUCACCUCUUACUCCUUACUUCCAGGAAAUUGUCCAGACACUUCUCUUUGUUACCCACAGAGAGGAUGCUGGGGAGUCCCGAUUAAGGACUGCUGCAUAUGAAACGUUGAAUGAGGUGGUGAGAUGCUCGACUGAUGAAACAGCACCAAUGGUGCUGCAACUGGUUCCUGUCAUCAUGACGGAGCUUCACAAUACUCUUGAAGGGCAGAAGCUUUCUUCCGAUGAGAGAGAGAAGCAGGGUGAAUUGCAAGGGCUUCUCUGUGGUUGCUUACAGGUCAUAAUUCAGAAGUUAGGCUCCUCUGAGCCAACUAAGUAUGUGUUCAUGCAAUAUGUAGAUCAGAUUAUGGGGCUCUUCCUGAGGGUCUUUGCUUGUAGAAGUGCAACUGUGCAUGAGGAGGCCAUGUUAGCCAUAGGAGCCCUUGCCUAUGCAACUGGUCCUGAUUUUGCAAAAUACAUGCCAGAGUUUUACAAGUACCUAGAAAUGGGCCUUCAGAAUUUUGAGGAGUACCAAGUCUGUGCUGUGACUGUCGGUGUGGUGGGUGAUAUCUGCAGGGCAUUGGAAGAUAAAAUUUUGCCUUACUGUGAUGGUAUUAUGACUCAGCUUCUCAAGGAUUUAUCAAGCAACCAGCUGCAUAGAUCUGUGAAGCCUCCUAUUUUCUCUAGCUUUGGCGACAUUGCCCUAGCAAUAGGAGAGAAUUUUGAGAAGUACUUGAUGUAUGCCAUGCCAAUGCUGCAAAGUGCUGCAGAGUUGUCUGCCCACACAUCUGUUGCUGACGAUGAAAUGACUGAAUACACAAAUUCUUUGAGAAAUGGAAUUUUGGAGGCAUACUCUGGAAUUCUUCAAGGGUUUAAGAAUUCUCCUAAAACUCAGCUCUUGAUUCCUUAUGCACCUCACAUCCUGCAGUUCUUGGAUAGCAUGUACAUGGAGAAAGACAUGGAUGAUGUCGUUAUGAAAACUGCAAUUGGAGUCCUGGGAGAUUUAGCAGAUACACUGGGAAGUAAUGCUGGCUCUUUGAUACAGCAAUCUCUUUCUAGCAAGGACUUUUUAAAUGAAUGUUUGUCAUCUGAUGACCAUAUGAUUAAGGAAUCUGCUGAAUGGGCCAAGUUGGCCAUCAGUCGUGCCAUUUCUGUUUGAGGUUAUUGCUAUUUGGCAUGUUCUUUUCUUUUAGAAGUCCCUGCAUGCAUUUGGGUGUAUUGAGUCGGGGUCCGGGGUUGCAUUUGUGUCGGGUCAUCGGUCGUCUGCUAUUUUCAGACAAUGGAAGUCACCGGUCUUCAGGUUGUCCCUAACUGUUGCAUCAGCACCACGAGUUUGGGUUCUCGAUUUUGUCAUGGAGGAGAAUGGGGUGGGAUUGCUUUUAAGAUGUGGGUGAAGGUCUGUCAAAAAAGUCUAAUAAAUUAUUGAGUAUAGAGAGCAUAGAAUUGGUGGAAAUGGUAGGGGAAACUUUGAUUUGCUGAGUAAAUACAAGACAGUCAACACCUAGUUAUUGGUUGUUUGUUGUUCCUUGAAAUGGUAGACCUCUUCCUGUCAGACUACACACUGCCUUGGUCAUCUUCUCUGAAGUACUACCUUAGGUUGUUGGGAUGGAUUUCUGUCAGGUCAAAGUUUUGUUACACUGGAAGACCACCUAGGUGCUGCACUACAGAAGACCCGGUUUUCAUUCCUGAUUUUUCUGCAGCUCGUUGUUUUUGUUUAUUCAUGUCUGUAUCCGAUUUAUCAUAAUGUCUGUCAUGGUCAGGUUGUGUUUUUAACUGUUGCACUGUUUUGGUAUACAUGGUUGGGGGUCUUGUCUUCAACAUAUUAUUGAGGGUAUUGAAUCCUGCAUUGCAUUAUUCUUUGUCUUUUAUUGUCUUCAUAGGUCUCAAGUCAAAUGUUGUAUACAUUUUGCAUAGUUGCAUUCAUUAAAUCAUAUACUCUUCUGCCCUCUUUUUUCCUUUUUCUUCACAAAUAUAGGUUCCAUCUUUCUACAGGAUGUGUAAUAUUUUGGUAACAUGUCAUGAACUGUGGUGACAUUGUAAGGAUUGAAUGUCUGAUAAUUUGAGAGGCAUUACGGUUGUAUUUUGCUGUUUGCUUCGUCUGUGAAGCAAACACUAUGGGAUUUCUGGAAGCUUUUUGAAACUGGCUCUAGAAAUUUCAAUAGUAGUUUCCUUUUAUUCCUCUUUUUUAA